CGCAUCAGACUGCGCAUCCUCCCCCUCGGCGCCUCCAUAACCUGGGGCCAGAACUCCGCGUCAGGAAAUGGCUACCGCAAGCCCCUGCGCGACCGACUCCAGUGGCAAGGCAACGAGGUCAACAUGGUGGGAUCGAAGAACCACGGCACCAUGAAGGACAACAACGUCGAGGCUACCCCCGGCGACACAAUCGACCAAGUAAAAGCCGCAGCCCAGCUAUCCCUCCACUUCAAGCCGAACAUCGUGCUCAUCAACGCCGGAACAAACGACUGCGCCCAGGACAUCGACAUCGAAAACGCCGGAGUGCGCAUGCGCGCCCUCAUCGAAAGUAUCGUGAACACGAAAGGGAUGCGUCAGACGGUGAUCGUGCUCUCGACGCUGUUCUAUUCCGACGAUAAAGCCAUCGAAAUGAACCGCACCCCGAUGAACAGACAGUUCCGAGACCUGGUCGUCGCCAUGAAGAACGAGGGCGUUUCAAUCUACCUGGCCGAGAUGGACCCCGAUAAACCCGCCCCAGGAAACGGCUGGCUCAAGUAUCCGGAAGACUACAUCGGAACCAGCGACAAGCCGGAUCCAACCCAUCCGAAUGAGUUCGGCUACGCGAAGAUGGCAUGGGUGUGGUUCAAAGCGAUCGAAGCAGCGGCCAAGGAGCAGAAGAUCCCCGACGUGGGACCGGAGGCCGGAAUCUGUGAGAGAAGCCGAUACAAUGGGGUCGAUGCGGGCGGGCUAACGCAGCGAGGCAGCGGCGACGACGACGGAGUGUACAUCCACGAUGCCGAGUCGAUAGGGGAGGUGUUGGCGCUGGCAGGCGGGGAGCCGGACAAGGAGCGAGACGAGACGUUCUUUGCGAGGCUGUUUUCGCCGAAGAGGAGCGAUAUGUUGAGGAUGACUCCAGCUGAAAUGCAGCCGAAGAAGACUGUGUAUACGAUUUGGCAGAAUAAGGGGCCGGGGGUGAAGAAGACGAAUGAGACGUACAACUUUCAUAAGGAGCAGCUGGAUGUGGAUAGUAAUUGUGGUCCGGCCGGGGUUAACUUUCGGGAUAUUAAUGGGGACGGAUUGGAUGAUUUCAUCUGCAUUGGGCCAGAUGGAACUGCCUAUGGAAGCUUGAAUCUUGGGGAUGGGAGCAAUGAAAAGGCACCGACGUUCCGGGAUAUUGACCAGAUUAAAGACCCGGAAGGAUACGAUAGAGAUCAUGUUCGACUGGGAGAUAUUGACGGUGACGGGCGAACUGAUUACUGCGUGAUCCACGAUGACGGUGGUAUUUAUUGCUGGCGUAAUAUGGGAGGCACAAAUGUAGAUGACCAGCCAAUCGGGUGGCAAGCAAUGGGCAAGCGGUUCACCGGCAAAGGCAUGGGCGAUAUUCGCGGCGUGCGCUUCGUCGACAUCAGCGGUGACGGACGCGAUGACUGGCUCUGGGUCGGCGACGACGGACAAGUGACAACGUGGACGAACUCUCGAAGCUGCGUGAAAAGCGACGAAGGUGACGGCCCCAAUAUCGAAUGGCGUCAGGCCGUCCGCAAGGGACAGAACCAGGGACCGACGCACGAAGGAAUGGGAGGAUUCGCGAAAGACGGCGUUCGAGAUCGCAUCCACUUCGCCAAAGUAUUCUCGGAGUACAAUCGCGAUUACGUGUUCAUCCAAUCCAACAAAGACGGUCUCGUCAUGCGUGUGUGGAGAAAUCGAGGCACCGGCGGAACGACGAUCAAAUCUGAUGGGAACCGCUACUGCAACAUGAUGGGCCACACCAACGGCAUGGCAGACUACCUUUGGGUCAGCGGGGAGGGCAAGAUCACACUCUACGGCAACAGAGGAAUGGGCAGUGUGACCGACAACGGCGAUAGCUUCUGGGACGACGGCGAGCUGAUCUUCGACCCGAUAGCAGUGGGCGUAGGGCCCCUGGACCGAGCCAACAUCCACCUCACGGACUGGGACAAUGACGGAAAAUGCGACAUCGUGCGCACAUUCCCGGAAGACAGCACCAAACUGAUGAUCUUUCGAAACGAGUACAGCCCAAAAAGACCAUUUAACCCCGCCAAGUGGUCUACCUUCAUGUCUACAGAUGUUCGAUGCGACGCACGCAACGGACGUGGACCGUCGGACCCGGCCGUUCAUUUCGCUGAUAUCACGGGGAACGGACAGGAUGAUUUCCUCUGUGUCAGUAGUCUGGGCCACGUCGAGGCGUACGAGCACCGCGGCGGCGAGUGGCAUAGUAUGGGCAUGAUCUGGGCGGGUGACUAUGGGGAGCGCUCGGGGCUGCAGUUCGCCGAUGUCGACGGUGACGGCAGGGCGGAUAUUAUCCGGACGAACCUAUUCAAUGGAGACGGCACGGUCUGGUAUAACCACGGUCCGAGGGAGGGUGCAAAGAAGGAUGAGUCGAAGUGGAAAUUUGAGGCUACUGAUUCCUCGAAACCGGCGUUCUUGGGCCAGGGUCCAGCCGACUGUACCUUCUAUCCUGACCUCGAUGGGGAUGGCCAUGCGGAUCAGCAUGUGAUCAUGGACUCGCUGAAGAACACGGCAAGGACUUGGUUUACUAAGUGUGAUUCCGACGACAUUCUGGGGGAUGAUGGCCCGGCAAAGGAUCCGCAUUUGCCUGAGAUGCCG